UUUUUCCAGUAGAGGGCAGUCUUUGAUAGUGCAAGAAUAGAAAGAAUAGAAUGCAUGAAAUACUUUAUUGAAGAUAUUAGAGGAAAUUCAGGAUGUAAAACAGUUUGCUAUUGCUAAUUUUUAGUUUUACUUGCAAAACAGACCAUUAACAAGUGUGCCAUGAGUUAAAUGUUAAAUAUCAAAGUUAUAUCAGUUUGUUUGAGCUGAUAAUUGUCCUCCUUUUGCCCUGUGUCCCCUGAGAAUGAGGUGAACUGUAGCACCACCCGCUGCGGACUUUAGAGCAGUGACACACACAGGGCUCUCCUGCUACAGGUGUAUAUAAACACCUGUUCCUCCUCUACAGGUACAGACACACUGGACUCAGAAUUCAGCUAGACACUCACAAACAGGUAAUGGCCUCGCUGCCUGAGAAUGGAAUUCUUCCCGCCACGCAGACGCCAGAACUCGGUGUCAAAGAUGAUGCCGAACCCGAACCGCCUUCUUAUUCCACCAUCUGUCCGGCUGAAGAAGAGCCAGCAGAACCGGAGGAGGUUGACCCGUGGGAUCUGCCUGAGCUCCUGGACACCGGGGUGAAAUGGUCAGAUUUGGACACGAAGGGGAAAGUUCUUCGGGUUGUGAUGUCCAUCGUGCGGCUUGUUCUUCUGCUGGGACUGCUGUACUUGUUCGUCUGCUCUCUGGACGUCCUGAGCUCCGCGUUUCAGCUGGUAGGAGGAAAGGCAGCUGGAGAUAUCUUCCAGGACAAUAAAGUACUGUCCAACCCAGUGGCUGGACUGGUCAUUGGAGUUCUGGUCACUGUUCUGGUUCAAAGCUCCAGCACUUCCUCCUCUAUUGUGGUCAGCAUGGUGUCAUCUGGACUGUUGGAGGUGAAGUCUGCGGUGCCAAUCAUAAUGGGCGCCAAUAUCGGCACUUCUGUGACAAACACCAUUGUUGCUGUGAUGCAGGCAGGAGACCGCAAUGAGUUUCGCAGGGCAUUUGCUGGUGCUACGGUCCAUGACUUCUUUAACUGGCUGUCAGUGCUGGUGUUGUUGCCUCUCGAGGUGGCAUCAGGGUACCUCUACAAGCUCACAGAACUCAUCAUUGAUUCUUUUAACAUUCAGACUGGAGCAGACGCUCCAGAUCUGCUGAAGGUCAUCACUGUACCCCUCACCAAGAACAUCAUUCAGCUGGACAGCUCUGUUAUCAGUGGCAUUGCAACUGGUGACCCCGCUGCCCGUAACAAAAGUCUGAUUAAGAUCUGGUGCAAAACGGAAGAACUGACGAACCUUGUGAAUAUCACAGUCCCUGGAAUCGCAAACUGCACCCCUGACGCCCUCUGCUGGAUGGAGGGCAAUCUGACCUGGACACAGCAGAACCAGACAGAAACUAUCAACUUGAAAAAAUGUACUCAUAUGUUUGCAAACGCUAAUCUACCUGACCUUGCGGUGGGUUUGAUUUUGUUGGCUCUGUCAUUGCUGGCCCUCUGUACCUGUCUCAUUCUGAUCGUCAAGUUGCUAAACUCCAUGCUAAAGGGUCAGGUGGCGGUCGUCAUCAAAAAGGUGCUCAACACAGAUUUCCCCUUCCCCUUUGCCUGGGUAACGGGAUACCUUGCCAUGCUUGUUGGAGCUGGAAUGACCUUCAUUGUUCAGAGCAGCUCUGUCUUCACCUCGGCCAUCACACCGCUUGUUGGUAUUGGUGUUAUUAGCAUUGAGAGGGCUUAUCCACUUACACUGGGCUCCAACAUUGGAACAACAACCACUGCGAUUCUAGCUGCUAUGGCCAGUCCAGGAGAGACGCUGGCUAACUCAUUACAGGUUGCUCUCUGUCAUUUCUUCUUCAACAUCAGUGGUAUUUUACUGUGGUACCCCAUCCCCUUCACCCGCAUCCCCAUCCGAUUGGCCAAAGCUCUGGGUAACCGCACAGCCAAGUACCGCUGGUUUGCAGCACUGUACCUCUUCCUGUGCUUCUUCCUCCUGCCGCUCAUGGUCCUGGGUCUAUCCAUCGCGGGCUGGCAAGUACUGGUGGGCGUUGGUGUGCCCAUAGUGGUCGUGCUAGUCUUUGUUGUGGUGGUGAACAUCAUGCAGAAGCGCUGCCCUCGAUUCUUACCCUCAGUCCUCCGCAGCUGGGACUUCCUGCCUAAACCACUGCACUCCCUCAAACCAUGGGACAAACAUGUUACUGUGGCGAUGACCUUCUGCAGAACACGCUGCUGUUGCUGCUGCAAGUGUUGCAAUAAGGAAGAAGAUGAAGAGGAAUCGAAUAAGAAGGAUAGAAGUUUAGAGAUGUACGACAAUCCAGCACUCACUAUAGAAGACUAAAAUUACCAGGCUAAAGCAACACAUUUAUAACAAGCAACAGACUGUUUUUAUUAAUGUAAUGAAUUGUGUUUUUGAUAACAUGCUACAAGUGAUAACACAGAACAGCGCUUCACAGUAAGAAGCAGGAUUGCUACAGUAUUUCAGUGAGUCAUGCAAGAUAUGAGAAUUAGUAUUGUGGAAGUAGAUGGGCUGGAUCGUUUAAUUACAGUUUUAGUGAAAGUAUUGCUACUGUUAGAACAUACACAGACAUGCUGCUGUUGCACAGUUAAGUAUUCACAAAAUCUCCUUUAUGCAGAUUUAGACAUGUGGUGCAGGGGAGGAGGAGGAUUUUAGAGAGAAAACUCAAUGAAACCAUCUAUCAGCAACCUACUGAUGCAAUUUAAAUACUAGACAAAGAGGGAGUUACCUAGUUGAUUGGCAAAUAGAUUUAAUGUCAAAGGACCUAUCAGAUUGGGCCAUGAAAUAUGCAAAAUUGAUUGGCUAACUUGCGCUUUGUAGAGUUUCAUGACUUAUAUACUAUUUUGGCCAGGCUGGGAGACCACCAAACCACUUUAGGCCGUUUAAAAAAUACUAAUAAUUUCAACAGGGUACUAAUGUUUUGCACACUCUUUACAGUAAUUUUGCAAAAACGUUGUGUCAUGUGGGACUAUUUAAAGAUGUAUAUGUUUUUAGAUUUCUGUGAACAUAAAAUUGGAGAAUUUUAAUGUAGCUUUUUAAUGCAGAUUUCCUUGAAGAAAUAUAUUUAAUUUCAUUUAAAUAUUUAUCGAUUUGUAAUAGUGGACAUCUUUUGUUUUAUAUGUAAAUAACAGACAUUCAAAAUAUCUUUACUCAGAGAUAUAAAAUAUUGUCUAAAUACAUAUUUU